AUGGCAUCCUCCUCCUCAUCAUCAUCGCCGUUCCCACUGGGGGUGGCACCUCUAAUGUCGUUUAGCUGGCCCUUGCCCACUGCUUCCUCCGACCAUGACGAGGAGGAAGAAAACAACUGGGCAAUGACUCUCUUUGUCGACCUGGGAUAUAGAGGUGAGGAGGUGACACUUGCGGAUAUGCAAGCUAGGGAUGAGGAAGAGACUGAGGAGGUGGCUAAGACUGAUGACGAGCCCAAAGAAGAGGUGGAGGAGGUGGUGGCCAAGACUCACUACGAGGAUUCAGAGGAGGUGGCUGAGACCGAUGAUGAGGACCCAGAGGAAAAUGACCACAAUGGGGAGCCUGAUGACCAUGGUCGCAAUGAGGACCCCGAAGAGGAGGAGGCGCCCGGAGAGGAAGAUAAUGGCAACGACAAGGAUGACAAAGAUGCCGAGAGCAGCGAUGAGGAGGAUCCAAAGGCAGAGGAUAGCAGUUUUAGUAGCAACAACGAAGAGAGCAACCCUAUGUCCAUAGGGUAUUUGGACAUGUCUACUGAUGAUAACGUUGAUGGUCCAUCACCAUUGGAGCAUUCGAAUAUUGAGUAG